AUGGAUAACUUAAAUUCAACCUCCAAUGUCACUACACCCUCAGUUCAAAAAUCCAAUACUCAAAAAACUUUCGCAGAAACAACCGCCAACGUUCAAUUUCCUAAAAAAGAUCAAGCAGUAAUAUUUAAUACCAUCGAAGACUUACCCCAAAUCGAAUACAUAAGAGCAUUUAGUCAACUUACUGAUCCAAACAAUAUUAAAUUUGCUUCACGCAUAUCAAAUAAUCGAUUUUGUAUCUAUUUUGCAAACAAAAAUAUCGUAGAACAGAUUAUCACCAAGCAGCCGUUCAUUGUUAUAAACAAUAAGGAGAUAGCCUUUCGCCGUCUUAUCAACCAAGCCAAACGUAUAAUUGUGUCCAAUGUACAACCAGUCAUACCGCACGACGUAAUUACUAAUGCAUUCAACAAUUUAUCAAUUAAAAUAGUUUCACCGAUAACAUUUAUGAAAGCAGGUUUCGCUAAUGAUGAAUUUAAUCACAUAGGAAGUUUUCGUCGUCAGCUUUAUAUACAUCCUGACGACAUCAAUAAAAUGCCCAGUUCAAUUCUAAUUAAUUUCGAACAAACUGAUUAUCGCAUUUUUCUAUCAGAUGAUACAGUGAUAUGUUAUCUCUGUAAACAAACCGGCCACACUUCUAAUUAUUGCAAAAAAGAAAUUAUAAAUAAAUCCCAAACCAUUUUCGUCGAAAACCCUAAUCAUGUCUCCAAUAACACAGACGCAGAUAAUAGUAUGCUAAUUGACUCAAAUUCAAACAGCGAAUUUCACACAACCCUCCACAACAACUCGAAUCCUAUCAUCAACCAUACGGAAACAGAUAAUAAUGUUCUAAUCGAUCUAAGUACAAAUAGUGGGGACAAAAACAUAAAAACCAACAUCGAAAACAUUGUCGAACAAGCAUCCAAAAACCCUCCCCCCACUCAAACCCCAUCACAGACACCAAAAAGGCCAGCCUCAUCCACCUCCAGCACCUCCCCCUCUAUUAAUCCAUCAAACGUUAAUAACCAAAUUAAUAGCUCUUCAUCUCAAAUCAACACGCAAAUUCAACAACCAAAGAAGGUAACUCUGUCAGACAAGCUACUAGAUUCCGCGAAAACUCCCCAACCACAAUUAAAAAAACAAAAAAGAUCAAAUUCAUUGGAACAGAUCAUAUUAAAGCUGGAUCAAACCCUUGAACCAGCAAAAAUCGCAUUUGAAACAAUACCAAAUUUAAAAAUAAACUUUACUCAACUAAAAUUUAUCAUCGAAAACACAAUAGGUGUACCCAACCCUAUGAGUAUCAUACAACCCUUUAACUUAUCAGCCAUGGAAAUGAUUGUAAUCAUUGACACUAUCCGCCCGAAAAUCAAGAAUACAGCUUUUAAAAACAGGAUUUCAAAAUUAUACCAAAUAAUAUUAGACUCAACUGUAUCCGGAGAUCCUGUUUCCACAGAAUAA